GGUCUGUCACAUAUGCUAACAAUAAAGGCUGGUUGGCUUAAUUUGGGAGAGUCUGUCCGGUAUACUUUCAAGCAUGGGCGCUGCAUUGUUCCUGCUAUUCCUUUAUCUCAAAUUGCAGGAAACUAUAGCUUCUUAGCUAUCCAUUCUCGCCAUUCAAACCUUAGUCUGAAUGUUGAGGUUCAUGUCAAACCUGCUAUACCAAAUCCAAAAGUGGAGCAUGAUGGAAAAAACUUCUCCACGGUCAUUGAAAAUAAUAAAAAGAUUCUACAGAACUAUAUCCAUUUGGUCUCGAAAAUCAGUUGUCCUCGAAAGAGGAAGUGAUGGAGAAUAUCGAAAAGAUGGGUAACUCUGCUGCUGCGGUUCUUUGCAUUAUUUCUAGGGGAAUUCCAUUCCAAGAGCCAGAAAAUCAUUUAAUGAAAGACACAAUAGGAGUGGUUGCUCUACUUGGAAGAGUUCGACCUCAUUGCAGCCAGCUGAGCAGGUCAAACAUCUCAUGUGUUUGCAUUUUCCCAACCAAAACACUAUCUUGUCGUCCUUUUAUUUUAUUUUUUCUUUAUUCGGUUCUAACUUGUAGGUUUGUCUAC